GGAGCCAAGUUGUGGAGCCAGCACCUUGGGCUGGGGACGCGAGGCCGGGCACACAGGACACAAAGCACUACUUCCUGGGAAAAACAAAUAAAGCUCUCUGGACGCCGGGGGCCCAAACUGAUGGCCGACGAUGUCAGCCACUAACAAUGUAGCACAGGCCCGGAAGCUGGUGGAGCAGCUGCGGAUCGAAGCCGGAAUAGAGCGCAUCAAGGUGUCCAAAGCUUCAUCAGAGCUCAUGAGUUACUGCGAGCAGCACGCGCGGAGCGACCCCUUGCUGGUUGGAGUCCCUGCCUCCGAGAACCCCUUUAAGGACAAGAAGCCGUGCAUUAUUCUAUAGCUCUUCUCUCUCCCUCUCCCUCCCUCCCUGUCUGUCUGUCUGUCUGUCUCUUGCCCUGUCUCCGGCAAGGCAUCAACCAAAACAUCUCAGCCCCCUAAACUUUGGGUCCCAAACGAAAUGCCUGCGCCCCCCGCCUGCCCCGAGGGGGUGACACCUCCGCUCCCGGGGUGGCCGGGCCUCCUCCCCCCACCCAUCGGCACCCCUGGGGGGCUUCCCCACAGCAGGGAUGGUGGCUUCCGGCCCUGCCCCCAUGAGGAAUAACCAGGCCGCCCGGUGCUGUGGUGACAAUUUUGGAAAACUCUCCGUGGUGCAGAGAGCAGAGGGGGACAGGCACGGGGACAGGAGGGUGGUUCCAGACCUGCCGCCCGAGGGAAGCCUCCACACCGGGCGGCCGGGAUCCUUUUCCUUUUGUAAGCAGAGGUCAAACUGGGGGUGAAGGGCUGACGUCACGAGCUUCUUUUGGGGGGAGAAUUCUCUCCUUUCCGUUUCAGAAAUCGUGAGUGCACCCCCACUGCCCCCGGGCUGGGGAGCAGAGAGAGGGGUUUCCUGGCGGGUGGGAGAUGCCUACGGGGUGUCACCCUCGCGCGCGGCAUUGGUCACUCCGCCCGCCACAGCACAGACGUGGAUUUGCAGGACUUUGCCGGGAGUGGGGCUGGAAAGCGGGGGCACCGGCAGGUCCUGCCUCACUUCCGUAUCUGCCCACCCCCCGGGCUGGCUGGCUGGUUGGCUUUCCUUUUAUUGGGGUUGGGGGGAGCACUAGGGAUGGAACCCAGAGUUUUCUCACUGAGCUCCAUCCCGUUUACAUCCUGGCCCGUUUUACUUUUUUGACACAGGAUCUUAAAUUGUCCAGGCUGGGCUCCAACUCGAAACCCUCCUGCCUCAGCCUCCCAGAGCCCCCCCCCCUCCAGCCAAAAGUUGCUGAAUUAUCUUGAAGUGACCGUAAGGACUCUCUGAGAUGAGGUCCUUUGUCCCAGACACACCGGGGCCCAUCACCCUUGAUCGUUUUGACCUGGGCCCUUCAGUGUGAGGACAACAGAGACGCCCACUAGGCUCAGGGUGUGCGUAUGGGUCCCUCCCGUCAGCCUGGCAAUGUAAGAUGACCUGGGGUGGGGCCGGGGCGGGAUCAUGACAAGGACAGAAACAGAUGGCAGCAGGAAGAGGCUGCACACACACCCUUCCAGGGUUACCUAUAGCCACACCUGCCAUGAACCCUUAAGUAACCCAGACCCAGAACUGCCCUGGACCCGACAGUCCCCACAGCCCCUCCACAGGGUUCAUCCCAGCAGCAAACAAUGGAGAGAAAACUGCCUGGCUCUGUGGCCCGAUGGCCAUCGGAACCUAGGCCCAAGCCAGGAUGGUCCCUGGACGGUUGCCCAGGUCGCCCAUGCUGCCUGUGAGGUGAUUCCCCAGCAUUCCCGCGGCAGCAGGCCCUGUGUCCCCCGUCGUCCAGGCCUGUCGAGCAGGACGCAGAUCCGAGCCAGUGCAGUGCCCAGGCUGCCCCAGCCCCUCUUCGGGGCCUCCGGAGGGCACAGGCUGCAGGCUCAGGCCUCUCCCUGUCACUGUUCUCUACGGCUGGUCCGGGAGGGCCAGGGUUUUGGGGAGCCUGGCUGUACCGGGCGAGGCGCAGUCUCCCCAAAGCCACACGGGCUGGGGCGCGGGUGGGGCCGAGUGUGGCCUCCGCAUCCCUGCAGAGCGGGGGAAGGGACAGAAUCCCUGCCCCAGGGCCUGGCCAUGGGGGUGCUGGGAGCCUAUAACUUGAGCACUGCGGCGGGGCAGGCUUGGCUCCCAGGGAGGAAGCCCCAGCCCG